CGGCUGCCAGCCGGCACGGUGGCACUGCCUUGCCCCGACGCGACGCGUUCCCCUCGAGCUGCCUGAGCAAAACUUGGGGCUUCGCCCGGCCCCGGCGCUGCUAUGCCGGCCAUCCUGCUCUUCUGGAGCCGCGCGGAGAGGAAUAAGUACUCGGCACCAGGCAGCGUCGCCGUCAUGGGGAAGGACUAUUACAAGAUUCUGGGCAUCCAGUCUGGAGCCAACGAGGACGAGAUCAAGAAAGCCUACCGGAAAAUGGCCCUGAAGUACCACCCUGAUAAGAAUAGACCCAACGCCGAGGAGAAGUUCAAGGAGAUCGCAGAGGCUUACGACGUCCUGAGCGACCCCAAGAAGCGAGCCGUGUAUGACCAGUACGGGAGGAAGGGUCUCAAGACUGGAGGUGGCUCUUCAGGUGGCUCGGGGAACACUUUCCACUACACCUUCCACGGAGACCCCCACGCCACCUUUGCGUCUUUCUUCGGAGGCUCCAACCCCUUCGAUAUCUUCUUCGCUAGCAGCCGCUCCCGGGUGUUCAAUGGCUUUGACCAGGAAGACAUGGAUAUCGAUGACGAUGAUGAUCCUUUCAGUGCCUUCGCGUUUGGCUUCAACGGCAUUAAUGGGGUUCACCGGCGGCACCAGGAGUCCCUGCACACGCGGAGGAAGGUCCAAGACCCACCCGUUAUCCACGAGCUGAAGGUGUCCCUGGAAGAGAUCUACCAUGGCUCCACCAAGAGAAUGAAGAUCACCCGCAGAAGGCUCAACGCUGAUGGCCGGACCAUGCGGACUGAGGAUAAGAUCCUAAACAUUGUCAUCAAACGGGGUUGGAAGGAGGGAACCAAAAUCACAUUCCCCAAAGAAGGGGACGCCACGCCGGACAACAUCCCUGCUGACAUCGUCUUCAUCCUCAAGGACAAGCCUCACUCACACUUCAAGAGGGACGGGACAAACGUGGUCUACACUGCAAACAUCAGUCUUAAAGAGGCCCUGUGCGGCUGCACCGUGAACAUUCCCACCAUCGACGGGAGGGUGAUCCCGCUGCCCUGCAACGACAUCAUCAAGCCAGGCACAGUGAAGAGACUGCGCGGGGAAGGGCUGCCCUUUCCCAAGGCCCCCAACCAGCGAGGAGACUUGAUCGUGGAGUUCAAAAUCCGCUUCCCAGACAGAAUAGCUCCCCAGACGAGACAGAUCCUCAAGCAGCACCUCCCGUGCUCCUAGAGCCCCGGGGACUCUUCUCCAAGCAGCAAUACUCCAAACGCACGUGCCACAGCAUCCGGCCCACACGGAGCAGAGGUGCCAGAGCACUUUCAAAUGCAAAAAAAACACUUUCCUUCCCCAAAAAUCCCAUCCAUCCCUCCCACCCCUUCCCCUCUCAGCCUGUUUUCUACUCCAGCGGCGGGGGAAUGGUGAGCGCAGGCUCCUGCCCUUGCAGCUCUCCUCACUGCCAGCCUUUUUUUCGUUUUGUUUUGUUUUUCUAGAGGUCCAGCUUUGCUGCCUUGCACAAGCGAGCGGCACGGGCUGUUUGCCCGGGAGGUGCAUCACUUUGUGUUUUUUGUGUCACCUGCUUUUCAAGCCAACCCUCUGACUAGAGGAUGGGCUCAUAGGGGAUUAAGCGCAAUGUAAAUAGGACUUCACAGGAUCUCACAUCCCACCGUGUUAGUUUUCUCCUCCCCUCUUUGAUACUUGCUGCUGUUCGGGGUCCCGGCCAUACCGAGGUGCCAAGGAAACUCCUGAGCGCGUACGGCCAAGGGACCGCUCCUGCGCGCGGUGGCCACUGUAGCCGGACCGUUUCUAACCAGGGACCACGGUACCUAGUCCUACUGCGGUCCACUCUCCUGUGCCAAGACCACCACCGAGCAUCACCUGUGCCAAUCAACGGAGCUCAAAGCACUUGGGGAUGGUCCCUUCCAGCCUCCUGCCCCCGCUGUCCCCCGUGCCUGCUGCCAGCCGGGGGGACGGGGGAGCCCAGGGUGGGAGCUUUCUUGUUCAGAUGUGUUGAGUUUGCAUUGCUGCUUUUUUUUAUACAUAUAUUUAGCUUGUUAGGUAAACUCCAUAAGGGUUUGCUCUGCCCGUUUUGGGUUUCCUGGAGUGGUUCACCCCAGCUUUUGGGGAGCAGCUCAGCCAUACCAACAUCAUGCCUGUGAGAACAUAGUAUGUGUGUAGCACAAGUCUGGGUGCAAAAGCAGAGCCAAGCGUCAGCAGAGCUGUGGUUUUGACAAGCGUUUGAGUUCAACCUUAGGGAUUUUAUUAGGAAGAGUAAGGCACGUGUAUAUAUUUUUCUACAGGGACGUUUAAUUCAGGAGGUAUUUCUGGGUGUUAUGGUGGAGCUGGAAGGAGCAUGAGGCAAUCUGCUUGGUGGUUUUGUUUUUAAAUGCUGUAUUUUUUUAAAAACUUUGGAUUUCCAUCAGGAGAAUUUUUAUAUUUCUUACCUUUCUCGGCCAACUCUGCCUCUUGCCAGUUUUUCCCAGGA